AAAUUAUUUGAUUCAUUUACAACCCUACGUACCGCUAAUCCCCGCAAAGAAGCCCGCGAAUGGAGCUGCAAUGUCCCCGCUCUUUGCGCCCCAAUCGACUCUCUGUCCCCAACUUUUCUGCUUUCCGGCAUCAGAUCGUUAGCGUCUCUACUCUAAUUUAUCAAUUCUUUUUCCUUUUCCUUUUCUGUGCUAUCUAACUUGUUCGUCACUGUUUUGCCGGCUUCUCCUUCAUUUUCAUUUGGGGAAUACUCACACUCUAAGAGCAAUUUGACAUCGAGGAAGCAGGCUCUCCUUCUCCCUGAGUUGAAAUUGAAUUCCUGGCUGAAGAAUGGGGCAAUUGUUCCCAUGUCUAGGUCAGGCUCCUCUUCUAAGCAAAAGUUGAGAUCUUCCGGAAGCGGGGACAGCAAUGUUUUUGAUAAUGGCAUUAGCAGGUUGAAACCACUUCAGGGGAAACCAGGUUCUGUUUCUUUUGUUGGGCUGACUCACCAAUUGGUUGAAGAAAAUAAAUCAGAGUUGGCUCCUUCUGAGAGAGAAAUUGGAUCUUUUCGAUGGAUUAUUGCUCCUCUGGCAUUAAUAUCUUCUUUUGUUUUUCCCCGGUUUCUUGUUGAUAUUUUCAUUGAUGGUCUCCAGAAUGAUGUUCUCUCAGAAAUUUUAACUUCAACCAUCACAGAGGUCAUCUUCUACAUUGGAGUGGGAGUAUAUCUUUCUGUGGCUGGGCAUGUUCAAAAGCCAUACAUGGAGCUUAGUACAAAGAGGUGGAGUCUAAUAACCGGCCAUCGAGGCUACUCAACUUCUGCAGACCUUAUAAUGGGCUUCAAGACACUCCUUCCUCUUUUUGUACUUUAUAUCACAUGGCCAGCUCUUGAUACAGUAGCCUUGGUUGCAAUGGCUCCUCUCUUGCUUGGCUUUCUUGUUCAACUCGCAUUUGAGAAGCAACUUCAGAAAAAGAAAUCCUCUUGUUGGCCUCUUGUCCCAAUUAUUUUCGAGGUGUAUAGGUUCUACCAGUUGACCCGAGCUAUUGGAUUUGUUCAGAGAUUAAUGUUUGCAACUAGAAAACUUCCUAUGACACCGGAUACUCUUCAGAGAAAUGGAGCAUUUGUUUCCUUGAUUGUAACAUUCCAAGCGUUAGGUUUGGCUUGCCUCUGGUCGUUGUUGUCCUUUCUUGUAACGCUCUUUCCUUCUAGCCCAGUAGAUGAGAACUAUUAACACUUUGCUGAUCUAUCUCCCUUUUUUAGUACAUUUUCACAGUAAAAGGAUUGUUGUGUAUCUUUUUUGGUAGUACAUUUUGACAAACUGGACAGAGUUGAAGAGCUUAAAGUGGCUGAAGUUUAAGAAUGUCAUGCUCAAUUAGAACCGUGCUGAGUUUAGUUAUUUAAAAAUGUAACUUUUCUCCCAUCUAUUACGAAGUAUGAA